AUGGCUCAGUUCUCAGCUAGUGGAGGUUUCCUGGAUUUUAGUCCCAUCAAGAAAGAAGAUUCAUCGGGUGUUUCUUAUGACAAUAAAGAAAACAAUAGCUCGCAUCCAGUUUUGAGUUUAGUUCAGUUUUCAAGGGCUCCGUUUGUAACAUUUGGAAAUGUAAAGUUGGGAUCUUCCAAAUCCUCAGUUCUUUGCAUUGAGAAUCCCGUUGAAGAUGCAACCAUAGAGGUGACAAUUGAUAAGAUUGCAUCGACGAAAGGCUUUUCCGUGGAUCAAACCCGAUUUACAAUUCAGGUAAGGGAAAUUAUAGCUAGCUAGCGUGUGCUCAAAUACAAUAAUAUAACUAGCUAACUUAACGUUAGAUGUCAACGAGUGGGGCUAGUUGGCAUGACAGUCACUAAGUUAACGUUUGUUUUGUUAGCUGUCAGAUGUAACGUAAGCUAACUAGCCAGCUAGCCAACAGUUGUCACAGAUUUGUUUGAAGUUCUACUUGCUAGCUAUCCAUACAUUUUAACCUUAGUUAGUUAACGUUAUUUCCCCUGUCUUUUUUUUUUUGCAGCCUGAGGAACGUGUCAAUUUGACAAUAACUUGGACACCGAUAGAUGAAGGUGGUAUUCGAGAGCUGAUCACUUUCAUUGCCAAUGGGGUGGUCAAACACCAAGCCAUUUUGCUAGGAAGGGCAGACGCACCUAAAAAGAGGAAGGUAACUUACUUUUUAGAAUCUAUAUAGCCGAGCUAUUGUAUGCAUAUCGUUAUGUUUUGCAACAUAGCUAGCUAAGUCACACUAAUAUCAACAUGUAGCCUAAUAAAUACAAUGUCAUUUUAACUAUUUCAAAGCGUCACAAAUGCUCUAUACAUAACUACAAACCACUUCAUGUUAUUUAUUCCUUUGUUACAGAAGAGUCUGUGGGACUCAAUCAAAAGCAAGAAGGCGUUUGAUCUAUCAGCCCCUCCAAGGGGCAAAAAAAACUCUGUGUCUUCCCUGAAGAUGGCAGCCAACAAGACCUUCCAGGUGUCCCGGACGCCACAGUACAGACGGGAGAAGGUUCGGAGCCCACUCGCUUCACUCAACAAAAAAGCCUGCACACCUGUUGAAGGGCAGAAGUUUAAGCAGGAUGUGUUGGGUCAGUUGAGCUUUGACAAUGUCCAAAAGAACUCGCCUGUCGUCUUUCUAGUCCCCGCUGCAAAUAUAAUCGAUUCCUCUGAUGCAGCAGCCAGCUACAGUUGCCCAGUAGGCACACCUGAGUGCAGAGACCUCACCAGACUACUGAACAUGACUGUGUCCCCUGUGGGCACUCCAGACAGGUUUCAAAAGCUGAUGCCCCGUAUUCAGUCUAUACAGAGCCCAGCCCAUGUGAUUGAUGACGCUGUUGCUGACAUAAGCCAUACAGUGUUGGCCGGAACACCAGUGUUGUCUGUGAGAGAUGCACUGGCCUUGAUUGAGUCUGAUCUAACUCAUGUGGUUGGCGCAAGUCCUCCAAACGCAUGCUCUAGCUUUGAUUUCUCCCACUCCUUGGAGACAACAAAUGGAGAGAAGAAUUGUGGCCCUGACAAAUCUGUGAUUGAUCUGAAAGCCCUGCCUGAAAGCCCCAUCAAGUCAGAACCUCCACAGCCUAGACUAACCUUCUUCAUCAAACCAGAACUUGUUACUGACAAGGAGGGCAGAAUAGAGGUUGGAGAAGUUGUUCCUAAAGCCAAAAAGGUUACUUUCACCUCCUCCACAGUCAUCAAAAGCAAACCAGCCCCUAUCCAGGUGAGCAGUCCUGGGGUGAGGAGAAUCAAAACCUCCAGGCGCCGUCUCCUGGAGAAAACACUGGAGUUGUCUUGGGAAAGUGGCCAUUCAGAGUCAAACCCUGGUACUACAGUUACCCCUGGUCUCCCUGUCAUCAACUCUGAUGGAAGCCUAAACAGACUCUAUGAUUCUCCAUUAACAAUCUCCCCACGGGAGGCCAGGCUGCAGGCGCUGGAGUCAGCUUCCCUUAGCCCAGCUUGUUUGGAUGAUAUCCCUGCUCCAGUCAACCUCUCCCUCAGCUCUCCUCUGCCCCUGACCCCCCUUACCGGUGGCCCCCAGCACCCUGGCCAGGAUGAGUCCAUUCUGGGAGCCACUCGGCUCCAGGCAGCACCAACAGUGGAACCUCUACCUGACCGGGCAGACGUGUUUCCUGUUUACAACCAGAGCCAGUUUGACAUGGGGGUGGUGCGGAGCAAAAAGAGGAAGAGCGAUGAGUUUCUGAGGGAUGGAGGGGAGAAAGUGGAGGAUGCUGCAGCGAAAACGUUCCAUGUGAAAAGGAGUAGGGUGUCAACAGUGGUGAAGGCACCCAACAGACCAGCUCAGCAGAAGGGGUUCAGUGUCUCCUCUCACAGGCAGCAGACAAAAACAUCAGGUGAGUUAGUAAAUGUUGAUUUUGAAAUGUCCUCAGUAUUCUCUGUAAACUAAUGAUUGAAUUGUGUGGUGCAGCAGGACUAGGGGAACAAGCUCCAGCUGAGCACUAUUCCCUUAACGAGUGUGGCAGCACUCUAAUGGACUGCUGUGGAGUAGUAGGGCCUAUGUGAACCCUGUGCAGUCACAACUUGCCUAUUGCUUAGAAUAUUUCAUAUUCCCUGGUCUAUACUUCUUAAAUGAUGUGAUCUGUGUGUAUUCUUGUUUUUCAGCUUCUGUGCGUACUACUUCUGCCUCAUCCAUGAGGGCUCCAAAGUCUGUAUCCCCUGCCCGAGCCAAGCAGCCAGCUCCAAAACCUGGCCAGCGAGGUACAAAAACUUGACCUACAACAGGAAAUACAGGACAGUACACUACAGAAACCAUAGAUGUAUUGUACUGGUAAAUGAGUAGGCCAUUUUCUAUGUGGAAGAGUUUUGCAUGUCUUUAUGUUUUCUACUCUGAUCAUAGGUGCGCAGUCUUUGAAAUCUCUUGGUGGCUCAUCUGUAAAAACUGCAAAGAUUGUAGCUGUGGCCCAGUCCAAGCUCACAUUCAUCAUGCCUGGUCAAACAGGUAACCUAGCCCUUUUGUUUUAUAUAUAUAUAUAUAUAUAUACAGUGGGGAGAACAAGUAUUUGAUACACUGCCGAUUUUGGAAGUUUUCCUACUUACAAAGCAUGUAGAGGUCUGUAAUUUUUAUCAUAGGUACACUUCAACUGUGAGAGACGGAAUCUAAAACAAAAAUCCAGAAAAUCACAUUGUAUGCUUUUUAAGUAAUUCAUUUGCAUUUUAUUGCAUGAAGUGGUAGGCCACACAAGCUCACAGAACGGGACCGGCGAGUGCUAAAGCGGGUAGCGCGUAAAAAUCGUCUGUCCUCGGCUGCAACACUCACUACCGAGUUACAAACUGCCUCUGGAAGCAACGUCAGCACAAUAACUGUUCAUAGGGAGCUUCAUGAAAUGGGUUUCCAUGGCCGAGCAGCUGCACACAAGCCUAAAAUCACCAUGCGCAAUGCCAAGCGUCGGCUGGAGUGGUGUAAAGCUCGUAACCAUUGGACUCUGGAGCAGUGGAAACGCGUUCUCUAGAGUGAUGAAUCACGCUUCACCAUCUGGCAGUUCGACUGACUAAUCUGGGUUUGGCGGAUGCCAGGAGAACGCUACCUGCCCGAAUGCAUAGUUCCAACUAAAGUUUGGUGGAGGAAUAAUGGUCUGGGGCUGUUUUUCAUGGUUCAGGCUAGGCCCCUUUAGUUCCAGUGAAGGGAAAUCUUAAAACUACAGCAUACAAUGACAUUCCUAGACAAUUCUGUGUUUCCAACUUUGUGGCAACAGUUUGGGAAAGACCCUUUCCUGUUUUACCAUGACAAUGCCCUAGUUCACAAAGCGAGGUCCAUACAGAAAUGGUUUGUUGAGAUCGGUGUGGAAGAACUUGACUGGCCUGCACAGAGCCCUGACUUCAACCCCAUCAAACACCUUUGGGAUGAAUUGGAACGCCGACUGCGAGCCAGGCCUAAUCGCCCAACAUCAGUGCCCGACCUCACUAAUGCUCUUGUGGCUGAAUAGAAGCAAGUCCCUGCAGCAAUGUUCCAACAUCUAGAGGAAAGCCUUCCUAGAAGAGUGGAGGCUGUUAUAGCAGCAAAGGGGGGACCAACUCCAUAUUAAUGCCCACGAUUUUUUGAUAAGAUGUUCAAGCAGGUGACCACAUAGUUUGUAUAUAUAUAUAUAUAUAUAUAUAUAUAUAUAUAUAUAUAUAUACACAAACUAUCUCACUCGCGCUCUAAUCCACUGUCGUGUCCUAUAUUUCCAUGUGCUGUCACUUACGGAAUAUACUUGUCUCUUGCAGCCAUACCAAGACAUCCGAUGCCGUUCGCUGCGAAGAACAUGUUCUAUGACGAGCGCUGGAUAGAGAAACAGGAGACUGGGUUUACCUGGUGGAUCAACUACGUCCUCACCCCUGAUGACUUCAAGGUCAACACGGAGGUCACCAAAGGUAAUGUUCACCUGGAUAGGAAAGACGGUGAUAUAAAGGAGUACUGUUAGUCCCGAGACUGUCUCACCAUGACGUGUUGUCUUGGUGUGCUAGAGCUCUGGUAGAGGCACCGCUGUUCUUAUUCACUGACUGGCCCUCCUAUAGACCAGUCAGCCACACGCUCGAUGACAACUUCCUACUUGGCACACUGCUACCCAUGGGCAUUUGUGGCAUGAUAGCCAAUUGAUGGCAUGAUGCAGAAUUUUCAAAUAGUGGUUUUAAUUCGUAGGUAAGAUAAAAAAUUUAUGUAUUUGUAUAAUCUGGUUGCUCAUAUCUUGCUCUAUCUAUGCGAAACAUCACAAAUUAUACAGAAUUCCAUUGCUUCAUAUCUCUCCGUCUCUCUUUCUGUGUAGUGAAUGCUGUAUCCCUGGCGAUGGGCGGUAAUGAGAAGUUUGCCGUCAACGAGGCUCCCACCAAAGAGGAGAUGUCGUUUAGUACGUACACGGCCAGACGGCGGCUCAACCGGCUGCGUCGCUCCGCCUGCCAGCUUUUCACCUCAGAGCCCAUGGUCAAAGCCAUCCAGAGGCUGGAGUUGGAGGUUGAGGCUAGAAGGCUACUGGUACGCAAGGACCGCCAUCUUUGGAAGGACAUCGGUAUGUAUGCACGCUGGUGUUAGACAUAUGUAACCUAGUCUGAUUCAUAUGGAUGUGUUAAUACUCAAAUUAAAUUAUAAGUUGUAUGUCUUUUCUAAGUAGUAGUAUGCAUAUUCGAAGGUUCAGGACCAAAAGCCUAUGCAAAGUUUUUGUUGAACUUGUUUUUGUAGGGGAACGCCAAAAGGUUCUCAACUGGCUUCUAUCCUACAAUCCUCUUUGGUUACGGAUUGGACUUGAGGUACAGUCAGUCAGAUAAUGGUUUUAUUUGUUUUACGUUUUCCUAAAUGUCUAUUGUCCUUGUUCAAGUCUCAUGAAAUGCAACCUGUUUUCAGACGAUCUACGGGGAGAUGAUCUCGCUGGAGAGCAACAGUGACGUCAUGGGCCUGGCCAUGUUCAUUCUGAAACGCUUGCUGUGGAACCCUGACAUCGCUGCAGAGUUCAGACAUGCCAAAGUACCCAACCUCUACAAAGAUGGUAAUGAAUUGCUCUCCUGUCUGCCAUUAUGUUCAGCUUUUUUUGUUGCUAUUUUCAUAUAUUUUUCUGUUGAAUGGAAGAUGCUAUGAAGUGUAUUAUAUUAGUUGGUCAUUGAUUGUUUUUGGUCUCUUUUGUGCAGGCCACGAGGAGGCGCUGUCUCGUUUCACUCUGAAGAAGCUUCUCCUCAUGGUGUGCUUCCUGGAUAAGGCCAAAGAGUCCAGGAUGAUCGAACAUGACCCUUGUCUGUUCUGCAUGGAUGCAGAAUUCAAGGUAAGGUGACACCAACUCCCGUGGCCACAAAUUAAGUAAUCUGUCUGACAGACGUUAAUCGCUCUUUCUGGUUUCAUUCCUUUGCCCCUGUAGUACCUCUCGUUGAUUUCUUGAUUGUUUUAUGUUCUCCAGACUACCAAGGACCUGCUGCUGGCAUUCUCCAGGGACUUCCUGAGUGGAGAGGGGAUCCUCCCCCGUCACCUGGGUUACAUGGGCCUACCGGUCUCCCACGUCCAGACCCCUCUGGAUGAGUUCAAUUUCGCUGUCAAGAAUCUGGGCGUCGACCUGAAGUGUGGAAUCCGUCUAGUGUAAGACACAUUAUCACACCCAUCCUUUUGGUGUCACUGUUAGGCUGGAAAGAAAGCCUGCACAAAGUGUUGGCUCUCCAGGUUAAGGGUUGGUGACUGUAUUGCCGUAUGUUUUUCUGUCAGGCGUGUGAUGGAGCUGUUCAUCCAGGACUGGAGCCUGUCCCGUAAACUGAGGAUGCCUGCAAUCAGUCGUCUGCAGAAGGUCCACAACGUUGACCUAGCCCUGCAGGUGCUCAGAGCCAGAGGGGUUGACCUCAAGGAUGAGCAUGGUAAGUUCACACUGUUUUUUUUUUUCUCUCCAAUUCUUUAUUGUUGUUAAAUAAAAUUUGACAAAAUAACAAAUGAAUGAUAAACUCUGCUAGUUAGACAGCGAGGUGUCCCUGUGAAGAUUAAAGAGCGACUACCCCAAAAUGUACUACCUAGAGUGAAUAGGAUAAUUUCAGUCAAAGUCAGUCUCGUCUAAAACAGAUUUACAAGAUGAUAGGAAAAAAUAGAAUGUCACGGAAUGAAGGGUACCGUAACAGUUUUUCUUGGGUUUAUUUUAAUCCUGCCAACAGCACACAAGUAAUCAUCAAUUCAGAGCACAGCUGCAUGCGACCAGAUCACAAUGGUCAAUUUGGCUUGACAUUGGAUAUCCCUAUGGGGCUAGUUAGGGACCCUCAGUAAAUUACAUAAUGUACAUUGGAUAAUAGCUCCAAAUUUCAAUGACUUAACUUCAAAACCAAUUAUAAAUUGUAGAAAAUCAUAUACAGUGGGGGGAAAAAAGUAUUUAGUCAGCCACCAAUUGUGCAAGUUCUGCCACUUAAAAAUAUGAGAGAGGCCUGUAAUUUUCAUCAUAGGUACACGUCAACUAUGACAGACAAAAUGAGAAUUUUUUUUCCAGAAAAUCACAUUGUAGGAUUUUUAAUGAAUUUAUUUGCAAAUUAUGGUGGAAAAUAGGUAUUUGGUCAAUAACAAAAGUUUCUCAAUACUUUGUUAUAUAACCUUUGUUGGCAAUGACACAGGUCAAACGUUUUCUGUAAGUCUUCACAAGGUUUUCACACACUGUUGCUGGUAUUUUGGCCCAUUCCUCCAUGCAGAUCUCCUCUAGAGCAGUGAUGUUUUGGGGCUGUCGCUGGGCAACACAGACUUUCAACUCCCUCCAAAGACUUUCUAUGGGGUUAAGAUCUGGAGACUGGCUAGGCCACUCCAGGACCUUGAAAUGCUUCUUACGAAGCCACUCCUUCGUUGCCCGGGCGGUGUGUUUGGGAUCAUUGUCAUACUGAAAGACCCAGCCACGUUUCAUCUUCAAUGCCCUUGCUGAUGGAAGGAGGUUUUCACUCAAAAUCUCACGAUACAUGGCCCCAUUCAUUCUUUCCUUUACACGGAUCAGUCGUCCUGGUCCAUUUGCAGAAAAACAACCCCAAAGCAUGAUGUUUCCACCCCCAUGCUUCACAGUAGGUAUGGUGUUCUUUGGAUGCAACUCAGCAUUCUUUGUCCUCCAAACACGACGAGUUGAGUUUUUACCAAAAAGUUCUAUUUUGGUUUCAUCUGACCAUAUGACAUUCUCCCAAUCCUCUUCUGGAUCAUCCAAAUGCACUCUAGCAAACUUCAGACGGGCCUGGACAUGUACUGGCUUAAGCAGGGGGACACGUCUGGCACUGCAGGAUUUGAGUCCCUGGCGGCGUAGUGUGUUACUGAUGGUAGGCUUUGUUACUUUGGUCCCAGCUCUCUGCAGGAUUUUUGCUCACCGUUCUUGUGAUCAUUUUGACCCCACGGGGCGAGAUCUUGCGUGGAGCCCCAGAUCAAGGGAGAUUAUCCGUGGUCUUGUAUGUCUUCCAUUUCCUAAUAAUUCCUCCCACAGUUGAUUUCUUCAAACCAAGCUGCUUACCUAUUGCAGAUUCAGUCUUCCCAGCCUGGUGCAGGUCUACAAUUUUGUUUUUGGUGUCCUUUGACAGCUCUUUGGUCUUGGCCAUAGUGGAGUUUGGAGUGUGACUGUUUGAGGUUGUGGACAGGUGUCUUUUAUACUGAUAACAAGUUCAAACAGGUGCCAUUAAUACAGGUUACGAGUGGAGGACAGAGGAGCCUCUUAAAGAAGAAGUUACAGGUCUGUGAGAGCCAGAAAUCUUGUUUGUUUGUAGGUGACCAAAUACUUAUUUUCCACCAUAAUUUGCAAAUAAAUUCAUAAAAAAUCCUACAAUGUGAUUUUCUGGAUUUUUUUUUCUCAAUUUGUCUGUCAUAGUUGACGUGUACCUAUGAUGAAAAUUACAGGCCUCUCAUCUUUUUAAGUGGGAGAACUUGCACAAUUGGUGGCUGACCAAAUACUUUUUUUCCCCCACUGUACAAAUAUUGAAGGCUUUUAAUGAAACAACUAAAAGAUAUGCAACAUGAAAAUGUCUCAAUUACAUUGUGUAAUUUAUUGACGGUCCCUGGGGAGGCAGGUAGCUUAGUGGUUAAGAGCGUUGUGCCAGUAACCGAAAGGUCGCUGGUUCUAAUCCCCGAGCCAACUAGGUGAAAAAUCUGUCGAUGUGCCCUUGAGCAAGGCACUUAACCCUACUUGCUCCUGUAAGUCGCUCUGGAUAAGAGUGUCUGCUAAAUGACUAAAAUGAAAUGAAAUGAACUAUCCCCAGAGAUGGGCUAUCCAAAGUUAAACCGAUUUUUGCCAUGGUCGCACAUCAGCCGGCUGAAGCUAAUUGGGUGAAUUAUUUGGUUAACUCUUCCCACCUGCGGACACACACAAGACACCUGCAUCAAACCACACCCUGAACCAACUCUUGUUUUAAUUAAGUCUUGGCCGCUAGCAUUUCUUAAUGAACCAAAUCUAAAACCAGGCCAAAUCAGGAAGUGCAAGGCCUCCCAAGUGGCGCAGCGGUCUAAGGAGUCACUACAGACCCGGGUUCGAUCCUGGGCCGUGUCGCAGCCGGCUGCGACAGGGAGACCAUGAGGCGGCGCACAAUUGGCCCAGCGUCGUCCGCGUUAGGGGAGGGUUUGGCCGGCCGGGAUGUCCUUGUCCCAUCGCGCUCUUGCGACUCCUGUGGCGGGCCGGGCGCAUGCACGCUGACACGGUCGCCAGUUGUACAGUGUUUCCUCCGACACAUUUGCGCGGCUGGCUUCCGGGUUAAGCGAGCAGUGUGUCAAGAAGCAGUGCGGCUUGGCAGGAUCGUGUUUCGGAGGACGCAUAGCUCUCGACCUUCGCCUCUCCCGAGUCCGUACGGGAGUUGCAGCGACGGGACAAGACUGUCACUACCAAUUGGAUAUCACGAAAAAGGAGUAAUAAAAUAAAUAAAUCAGGUAGUGCAGUCGCCCUUUAACUAAGUGCCAUUAUGUCUCCCAGAUGCUGUCAUUGACUCCAGAGAUAUUGUGGAUGGACACAGGGAGAAGACACUGAGCCUGCUGUGGAAGAUCAUCUUUACCUUCCAGGUACGUUUCAUAUUUCAUAACCUGACUGACUUUGGAUAAGCGUCCCCUCCUCGGCUUCAUCCACUCCCAUUUACAAUAACACAACACUUUUUCUCCCACAUUCCACUCUGUUUUCAUGAAUGAACUCUUCCCCCCCCCUUCUGUCCAGGUGGAGGUGCUUCUGGACGAGGACCAGCUGAGAGAAGAGAUCAGUUUCCUUAAACACACCUGGACAACCAAACAGAGGCUGGCCUCACUGAGGGCCGACAAAGGUGUGCUGCAGAAGACUGCCAAGCCUAGACCCCUGUUCGAACACAGUAGCUCAAAGAUCACUCUGCUCAUGGACUGGGUCAAUGCUGUCUGUCAGUUCUACCACUUGAUGGUGAGUGUGUUGGUGACCUGUUUCAAAAAUUUCUCAUCUCUUUUUUAAAGAAAUGCAGGCGUACUCAAUGUUCAGGGAAUGGUUGUGGAUGUGAUUUAUAAAAUAAAACGUUUUAAACAACUCUAUACACUUCACAUGAAUUCAAAAUGUGUAUCUCUUGUCUCUCUCCAGGCAGAGAACUUCACGGUGUCGUUCUCAGACGGUCGUGUCCUCUGCUACCUGAUCCAUCACUACCACCCCAGCCACCUACCAGCAAACGGCGUCAGCCACAACACCACCCAAACGGUGGAGUGCUCCCAGAGAGGACGAGUCGAACUCAACAGCUCCUCUAGCGACUCGGACAACUCCUUUGACACCUGGCCCACCACACAAAAUGGUAUUUCUUCCCAAACGCAUCCAUUCAGUGAAGCAGUUACAAAGUUUUAGUUGUGUAAUAAGAAAACGGACCGGUAAAUGACUGAUUUUUCUAUAAUGUAUUGUGAAUAUGCCCAGAGUCGCCAUCGAUGGAGUUCAAAGAGCUUCUGGAGAAUGAAAAGAAUAACUUCAGGCUUGUCAACACUGCAGUGUCUGACCUGGGAGGGGUUCCUGCCAUGAUCAACCCAGCUGACAUGUCAAACACUAUCCCCAAUGAGAAGGUGGGAGGGGCUUUAUGAUCUACCUAGGCUUGACUGUGUGCAUUUCUUUUCAGGGAAAACUUGGGAACUGUUUCAACACUCAUUCACUUCAAUAUAUUCUUGUAAUUGUCAGUGCCUUUUUUUUUUUUUUGGACAAGUAUGCUGAAUCUCUGAAGUGUUUCCAGACCCAUUUGAUCUGUGUUUAUCUGUUCCAGGUGGUGACAUGUUACCUGUCCUUCCUGUGUGCCCGUCUUCUGGACCUGCGGAAUGAGACCCGUGCUGCCAGGGUCAUCCAGGGAGCUUGGAGAAAGUACCGGCUGAAGAAGGAUCUGAAGCUUUACCAGGUGCGUCUUGUCUAUAUUACCUCUAAAAGUCAUGACAACUAGUCCUGACAUCCUCUUACUGUUUUUCUGUGUUUUUCUGAUCUCUUGUACAUUGAAAAACUUCUGUCAUCUCACCUAUCCCCUCAUCUGGUAUAGGAAAGGACUAUAGCUGCAGGGAAGAUCCAGGUGCUGGUCAGGCAGUUUCUUCAGAGACGCAGAGCUGUGCGUCAGACCGCUGCAGCCAUCCGCAUCCAGGCUGCAUGGAGGGGCUACUCGGUACGGAACGCCCUGACACUGAGGAGAAGGGCUCUACUCGGGGCUCUCCAGGUUGCUGCUGCCACCACAAUCCAAGUAUGUUUCUUUAGUAUUCUAUAAUUUCAGAGAUGGGCCGUUGUUCCUACUUACCUACCCACCCACCCAUCGUGCUCAUACUUAAGGGACCUGCUCGCCAUUAGUUGUAGCUAUACUACAUGCAUGAGUUACAGUAUGCAAAGCAGUCUCUGGCAGUUUGCGUCACUGUGGAAAGAUCUAGAACAGUAAUGAUAACUGCUAAUAGGUUUGAGUAAUCUAAGCACAUUUCACUUGUCUUACAGGCACAAUGGAAAAAGCAUGUUACCUUGAAAAACUACCAGCGCUUGAGAUUGCACGUUGUUAAAGUUCAAGCUCUCUGGCGGAUGAAGAUGGCGGUCGCUACCUACAGAAGGACCCAGUGGGCCGCAACAGUAAUUCAGAAGCAUGUUAGGGCCUCGACUCGGGCAAGGAAAGAGUGUGAACGUUACCGCUCACUGAAAUCAGCAGCUGUCAAAAUCCAGAGAAACUAUCGGAGACGGAAGACUCGGAGACUGCAGAGGGAGAACCAUGCUGCCACAGUGAUACAAUCUGCAUUUAAGAAAUGGCACAGUGACAAAAUGGCCCGAAGAACCUCGGCUGCCCUAAAGAUUCAGUCUCGCUACAGAAUGCACAGGUGCCAAAAACGGUACGUUAGCAUCCAGCGGAGCGCCAUUCUCGUUCAGGCUUGGUGUAGAGGUCAUGCACAGAGACACAACUUUGAGACAUUAAAACUGCAGCAUCACUCUGCCACUGUCAUCCAAAGUGUUUUUAGGGCAAGCACGGUCAGAAAACAGAUGGCAACGAUGAGACAGUCCUCGGUCGUGAUUCAGCGUUGGUUCAGGGCCUCUGUACAAAGAGAUGCAGGGAGGCAACAGUUCCUGAAAAUGAGAUGUGCAGCUGUUACCAUACAGUCCGCUUAUCGUGUACAUACGGCUCGGAGACUAACGCAACAACAGAAUCAGGCAGCCACAGUCAUCCAGACAGCUUUCAAGAAGUUUGUGGCCAGAAGGAAAUUCUUGUCCUUGAAAAAAUCAGCAAUUGUUGUCCAACAGCAAUUUAGAGCCAGGCUAUUGGGGGAGAAAUCAAGAAAAGAAUAUAUGGCCCUCCAAUAUUCUGCAUUGAGAAUACAAGCUAUCUGGAGAGGUAGGGCAGAGAGGAGGAGGAUUGAAAAACUGCAUAAAUGUGCCACACUCAUUCAGUCUUCUUACCGUAGACAUGUGUUGCAGUCACAGUUCAGGUCAAGAAAGGAGGCUGCUUUGGCCAUCCAAAGCCAAUAUAGAGCUUAUAGGGCAGGGAAAGAAAUUCGAACCGAGUAUCUCCAGGUCAAGAAAGCUGCUGUUACUUUACAAGCCAGGUUCCGUGGCAUGAGAGUCAGGCAAGAGCUGAGACAAAAACACCAGGCCGCCGCUGUCCUUCAGUCAGCAGUGAGAGUCUUUCUCUGUAGAAGAAGAUAUGUGUUGCUGCAACGUGCUGCUAUAGUCCUACAGAGUCGAUACCGGGCUCUUGUAGCAGGCAGAACACAGCGAGAGCAGUACAGACAGUUGAAAUGGGACACAGUAAAGCUACAGGCUGCUUACCGGGGAUCCAGAGUCCGAAGAGACCUAAGGACAAAACGCGACGCUGCUACAGUCAUCCAAGCUCAGUUUAGGAUGCACAAAGCGCGUUUGGCCUAUCUUGCCACAAAGGUGGCGGCCAUCAUCGUACAGCAGCAUUACAGGGCCAAUCGGCUCAGAGAUCUACAGAUGCAGCGGUACACCUCGAUGAAGUCCGCUGCAGUGGUGAUUCAGGCAAUGUAUCGCGGUCACAGAGCAAGAAUGGAGGUUGCUAGGAUGCACCAAGCAGCCGUGGUCAUUCAGAGGAGGUUCCUCAGUUUCAGGGACAGGAAACGCUUCCUUGCGGUCAAAACUGCUGUUCUACUAUGUCAACAGAGAUGCAGGGAUGUGGCCAUGAUAAGAAAAGACCAGAAGGACUAUCUGUUGAAGCGUAGGGCAGCCACUGCUCUGCAAGCAGCUUUCAGAGGGAUGAAGGUCCGGAAGCAGUUGCAGACUGAACGCAGAGCAGCCAUACUCAUUCAAUCUCACGUCCGAAAACACCUGCAGAGGGCGCACUAUAAGAGGCUUCAGUGGGCUGUGAACACAGUGCAGGCUCGUUACAGAGCCAACAAGAAGAUGAUUGAAGACAGGAAAGCACUGAGUGUAAAGAGGAAUGCUUCUGUUGUGUUACAGGCUGCCUUCCGGGGCAUGCGAUCAAGACUGCGCAUUAGAGAGAUGCACAAGGCCGCCAGUGUUCUCCAGAGAAGUUACAGGGCUCACUGCUUACGCCGACAGUACCUCUCCUUGAGAUCCUCUGUCCUUGCCAUUCAACAUAAAUAUCGUGCCACUGUUGCAGCAAAACAGCAGAUGCUGCUCUACCAACGAAUGCGCAGUGCUGCGAUCCUCCUCCAAGCAGCCUACAGAGGCCAGAGAGACAGAAAGGAGAUCAGUCUUCAACAUCAAGCUGCCACCACAAUCCAGGCUGGCUUCAGAAAGCACAGAGAGGAAGUCAAGUUCCAGGCCAUGAGAUUUGCUGCCAUCAUCAUCCAGAUAUACUUCAGAUCUCACAUUCAAAUGAAACUAGACCGAGACAGAUUCAUAAAGCUCAGAGAGUCUGCCAUAGUCCUUCAGGCAGCUUUCAGAGGGUAUCUCGUUCGGCAAGACAUUGCUAAGAUGCACAGAGCUGCUUCUGUAAUUCAGGCCAAUUUCAGGAUGUACAAGGAGCAGGUCAAGUUCCAGGCCAUGAGACUGUCUGCCAUAAUCAUUCAGAGGUACUACAGAUCUCACAUUCAAAUGAAACUAGACAGAGACAGAUUCAUAAAGCUCAGAGACUCUGCCAUAGUCCUUCAGAAAGCUUUCAGAGGGAAGAAGGUCCGGAAGCAGUUGCAGACUGAACGCAGAGCAGCCAUACUCAUUCAAUCUCACGUCCGAAAACACCUGCAGAGGGCGCACUAUAAGAGGCUUCAGUGGGCUGUGAACACAGUGCAGGCUCGUUACAGAGCCAACAAGAAGAUGAUUGAAGACAGGAAAGCACUGAGUGUAAAGAGGAAUGCUGUUAUCGUGUUACAGGCUGCCUUCCGGGGCAUGCGAUCAAGACGGCGCAUUAGAGAGAUGCACAAGGCCGCCAGUGUUCUCCAGAGAAGUUACAGGGCUCACUGCUUACGCCGACAGUACCUCUCCUUGAGAUCCUCUGUCCUUGCCAUUCAACAUAAAUAUCGUGCCACUGUUGCAGCAAAACAGCAGAUGCUGCUCUACCAACGAAUGCGCAGUGCUGCGAUCCUGCUCCAAGCAGCCUACAGAGGCCAGAGAGACAGAAAGGAGAUCAGUCUUCAACAUCAAGCUGCCACCACAAUCCAGGCUGGCUUCAGAAAGCACAGAGAGGAAGUCAAGUUCCAGGCUAUGAGAUUUGCUGCCAUCAUCAUCCAGAGAUACUUCAGAUCUCACAUUCAAAUGAAACUAGACCGAGACAGAUUCAUAAAGCUCAGAGAGUCUGCCAUAGUCCUUCAGGCAGCUUUCAGAGGGUAUCGCGUUCGACAAGACGUUGCUAAGAUGCACAGAGCUGCUUCUGUAAUUCAGGCCAAUUUCAGGAUGUACAAGGAGCAGGUCAAGUUCCAGGCCAUGAGACUGUCUGCCAUAAUCAUUCAGAGAUACUUCAGAUCUCACAUUCAAAGGAAACAAGACCGAGACGAGUUCUUGACACUGAAGGAUUCAGCCAUAGUCCUUCAGGCAGCUUUCAGAGGGUAUCUCGUUCGGCAAGACAUUGCUAAGAUGCACAGAGCUGCUUCUGUGAUUCAGGCCAGUUUCAGGACGCACAAGGAGCAGGUCAAGUUCCAGGCCAUGAGGUGUGCUGCCAUCAUCAUUCAGAGGUACUUCAGAUCUCACAUUCAAAUGAAACUAGACCGAGACAGAUUCAUAAAGCUCAGAGAGUCUGCCAUAGUCCUUCAGGAAGCUUUCAGAGGGAAGAAGGUCCGGAAGCAGUUGCAGACUGAACGCAGAGCAGCCAUACUCAUUCAAUCUCAUGUCCGAAAACACCUGCAGAGGGCGCACUAUAAGAGGCUUCAGUGGGCUGUGAACACAGUGCAGGCUCGUUACAGAGCCAACAAGAAGAUGAUUGAAGACAGGAAAGCACUGAGUGUAAAGAGGAAUGCUGUUAUCGUGUUACAGGCUGCCUUCCGGGGCAUGCGAUCAAGACGGCGCAUUAGAGAGAUGCACAAGGCCGCCAGUGUUCUCCAGAGAAGUUACAGGGCUCACUGCUUACGCCGACAGUACCUCUCCUUGAGAUCCUCUGUCCUUGCCAUUCAACAUAAAUAUCGUGCCACUGUUGCAGCAAAACAGCAGAUGCUGCUCUACCAACGAAUGCGUAGUGCUGUGAUCCUCCUCCAAGCAGCCUACAGAGGCCAGAGAGACAGAAAGGAGAUCAGUCUUCAACAUCAAGCUGCCACCACAAUCCAGGCUGUCUUCAGAAGGCACAGAGAGGAAGUCAAGUUCCAGGCCAUGAGAUUUGCUGCCAUCAUCAUCCAGAGAUACUUCAGAUCUCACAUUCAAAUGAAACUAGACCGAGACAGAUUCAUAAAGCUCAGAGAGUCUGCCAUAGUCCUUCAGGCAGCUUUCAGAGGUUAUCGCGUUCGAGAAGACUUUGCUAAGAUGCACAGAGCUGCCACUGUGAUCCAGGCCAACUUCAGGAUGCACAAGCAGCAGUCUGCUUAUAGGAGGCAGCAUUGGGCAGCCAGUGUUCUUCAGCAAAGAUUCAGAGCUCAAAGAUUGAGAAACUCUCAGUUGGAGAACUACCAUCAGAUGAGAAAUGCUGUGAUAAACCUUCAGGCUUUGUUCAGGGGAAAACAAGCAAAGGAGCUGGCAAAACAGAAGAGAGCAGCCAGGAAGAUUCAGUCAUUUCUGAUGAUGAGCAUCGGACGACAACGCUUCUUGAAGGAAAAAGCUGCUGCUGUGUCGAUCCAGUCUGCCUUCAGAAGACACCAGGCAAGGACACGGUACACCAAAACACAAGCCUCUGCCGUCACGAUCCAAAGAUGGUACAGGUCAUGCAACGUGCUCAGACGACAAAGGGACGAUUACUUGGCCAUCAGAGAAGCUGCUGUGAAACUUCAGUCAGCCAUCCGUGGAACACUGGCGAGAAGGCUGGCGAGACGCAAACGUGCGGCGGUCAUGAUCCAGUCCGUGAUACGCAUGUCCAUCCAACGGAGGAAGUAUCUGACCCUGCGAUCCAGCACAGUAAAGCUGCAGUCUCACUGCAGGGCUUGGACGGCGAGGAGGAGUUUCCUGAAGCGUCGGUCAGCGGCCGCGACUCUCCAAAAGCACUACAGAAGCUGGCAGGUCCAGAGAGAGCAGCGGUCCCUGUACCUAAAGACCCUGACCAGUGUCCAAACGCUGCAGGCCAGAGUGCGUGGACACAUCCAACUCAAGAGGUACCAGAAGCUCAAGAGAAGUGCAGUCACAAUUCAGGUGUGUACCAAAGUCUUCUUUCCUCUAUAGUCUAUUUGAUGUAAACAUUCUUUGGAUUUAUUAAAAAGACCGUAACUACAUGCCAAAAUUGGACAGUAGUUGACUAAAAUUACUGUUCCUUUUUCCAUACAGGCAUUUUACCGUGGAAUGGUAGAGAGGCGACGGUUCCAGCGUCAAAGGGCAUCUGCUGCUUUAAUACAGGAAUGUUUCAGGGCCCAUCUCCUCUGCCAAAGAGAGAGGGCAAAGUACCUGGAAAUGAAGAAGUCUGCUGUUCUUAUUCAGGUUAGUAAUCAAUCAACUACUACUGCUAAUAAUAUUCCAUACUGAAAUUGAUCAAUAUAUUAUUUUAUUGAUCAUGGUCGAAUGUUAUCUCAUUGCUUGUUUGAAUUGCAGGCAGUGUUCCGUGGUGACCUUGCCAGACGGAGUGCCAAGAAACGGCAGGCGGCUGUCGCCACAGUCCACCGAUGUAUGCAGACCAGGCAUCUACGCAACAGGUAAUAAUAUCACGUAACCUUUUUAGUUGUUUCAGCAUUAGAAAUGGUUUGUCCUCUAAAUUUCAUUGAUUGCUUUGAUGACUAGGGUCCUGUCGACUAGUUUGGAUGUGCCUUACUUUGAUAUGAAAAAGUGGGUCUCAGUCAAAUUAAGUGCUUGGUUUUUUUCCCCUUCCAGAUUCUUACUGAUCCAGCGUAGUGUAAGGGUCAUUCAGUGCAGAUGGAGGGAGACCUUGAAAGCCAGGGAAGAGCGUCACAACUUCCUGGUUAUGAAAGCUGCCGCUGUCACAGUCGAAGCAUCAUGGAGAGGCCAUGCGACCAGGAGUCAACUGCGUAAGGUAAGCCUAUGACAUCUCAUACACACCUUUAUCCAGCCAGGUCCAUCUUUCUUUUGAUUGCCAACUC